ACAAGUAAUAUUCAGUGCUAGCAGUCAGCAGUCAAGAUUGGUGGUUGUGAUUGCCCAGAAGCGAGGAUCGUAUUCGUGCGAGCCCCCGGAUUCACACUCUACAAUUCGAACCCACAACACCGACUUCUACUGCCCUGCAUCUGUCAUCAUCGAUCUUUCACAUCCAAUCUAAAACCCCACAAGCAAACAGGUCCGAGAGAGAAAAGGCAAAGCAAUUCAAAUCACAAUCAAACUUGCACUUCAUAAAGUAUAGUAUCAUCAAAAUGGCGAGGAAGAUGCUUAUUGAUGGAGAGCUUAACAAACCCAAUGAAGAUGAGACUCACUAUGACUUUGAUUUGUUUGUAAUUGGGGCAGGAAGUGGUGGAGUUCGUGCCUCACGUUUUUCAGCACAGUAUGGAGCUAAGGUUGGGAUUUGUGAGCUUCCAUUUCAUCCUAUCAGCUCUGAAGUUGUAGGAGGAGUAGGCGGAACGUGCGUCAUUCGUGGUUGUGUUCCUAAAAAGAUUUUGGUCUAUGGUGCUUCCUUUGGCCCUGAACUGGAGGAUGCAAGGAAUUAUGGGUGGGAACUAAACGAGAAGAUUGAUUUCAAUUGGAAGAAACUUUUACAGAAGAAGACAGAAGAAAUAGUCAGAUUAAAUGGAAUUUAUAAGCGGUUACUUGCAAAUGCUGGAGUGAAGCUAUUCGAAGGAGAGGGAAGAGUGGUAGGUCCUAAUGAAGUUGAAGUUAUUCAACUGGAUGGAACCAAAAUAAGUUAUUCAGCGAAACACAUUCUGAUUGCAACAGGAAGUCGAGCUCAGCUUCCAGCUAUUCCAGGCCAGGAAUUGGCUAUAACAUCAGAUGAAGCUUUGAGCUUGGAAGAGUUACCUAAGCGAGCUGUCAUAUUUGGUGGAGGGUACAUUGCCGUUGAGUUUGCUUCAAUAUGGCGAGGGAUGGGCGCAACAGUGGAUUUAUGUUUCAGAAAAGAACUUCCUUUAAGAGGUUUUGAUGAUGAAAUGCGAGCAGUGGUUGCAAGAAAUCUGGAAGGCAGGGGUAUCAACCUGCAUCCAAGGACAUCCUUAACUGAGCUGGUUAAAACAGAAGGUGGUAUAAAAGUGCGAACUGACCAUGGUGAGGAAAUCACGGCAGACGUUGUGCUCUUUGCCACUGGCAGGGCUCCUAACACGAAAAGGUUAAAUCUAGAAUCUGUAGGCGUUGAGCUUGAUUCUGCGACUAGAGCUGUGAAGGUUGACGACUACUCUCGUACCAACAUACCCAGCAUAUGGGCCAUUGGUGAUGUUACAAACCGAAUGAAUCUUACUCCUGUUGCUUUGAUGGAAGGAACCUGUUUCGCCAAAACUGUGUUUGGUGGACAGCCUACUGCACCUGAUUAUGACCAUAUUCCUUGUGCUGUGUUCUGCAUACCACCACUCUCUGUUGUUGGUCUAAGUGAGGAACAGGCUUUAGAGAAAGCCAAUGGCGAUGUUCUGGUUUUCACAUCGACGUUUAAUCCAAUGAAGAACUCCAUCUCGGGACGACAAGAGAAGACAAUUAUGAAGCUUGUUGUUGAUGCUGAGACUGAUAAAGUUCUUGGAGCAUCCAUGUGUGGGCCAGAUGCUCCUGAGAUCAUGCAGGGCAUCGCCAUUGCACUCAAAUGUGGAGCAACAAAAGCGCAAUUUGACAGCACUGUUGGAAUUCACCCAUCUGCUGCCGAGGAGUUUGUGACAAUGCGGUCUGUGACUAGGCGAGUUCCUGCUUCUAAACCAAAGACCAACUUAUAGACUUGAAAACAUGAUAAUACUUCAUAGUUGGAAAUUUGGUUACAACGGAUCAUAUUUACUCUAGAAACUAUAUAGCAGAUAGAAGCGAGACAACAUCUACAGGAGGAUUUAUAUCUGCAACAGUUUAAUAAACAUGCAAGUAUUGUAUACAUGGUUGCGUAAAGAUUGAAAUUUCUUUGCUUGCUCUAUUUGGGGAAGAAAGGCCUGCCUUAAAUUCCA